AUGAAUGGCAUCGUGGGGACAACGCCUCCCGGCGCUAUGUACGUCCGCGCACUGUACGACUAUGAAGCCGAUGACAGAACCAGCCUGAGCUUCCAUGAAGGAGAUGUGAUCCAAGUCAUCACGCAGCUCGAGAGUGGAUGGUGGGACGGUGUUAUAAAUGGCGUUCGUGGCUGGUUUCCAAGUAACUACUGUCAAAUCAUCACGAGCCCUGAUGAUCUCCCCGACCUGACUCAGAAUGGCCGCCUCGAGCAUCUGGAGGAGGAGGCCGAAACCGAUAUGUACGAUGAUGCCCUGGACCAGGACGAUGCGGUGGAGCGAGAUGGUCCCAACGGCGUACCUCUGGAUAGCCUCGACACCGGCGGUCGAUCCAGGGCGGACUUCUGGAUCCCCCAGGCCACACCGGACGGCCGACUCUUUUACUAUAACAUGAUGACGGGCGAUCGCAGCAUGGAACUUCCUCUUGAAUCUCCAGUGUCGAAUAAUGAGACAGGGCCGCGGGACCGUAUGAAUGUCACCGUACCUGAAAGGACUCGGCCGCCUCCGGAGAUGAUGGCUAGGGGUUUGACUCAGGAUGAGGACUACGAUUCAGCUACCUCAGCAUCAGAGACCGAGGGCGGCGUUAAUGGGAUUAGAUCCCGCUUUCAAAGAGGACAGAGGCGAACCUCACUAAGUGGCGCACUGUCCCCCUCUGCAUCGAUGGAUUCCAUCAACGGUACCUCCACAGAUGGUAAUAGGCGAAACGAUGCAUUGCAGGUGGGACAGACACCCAACAUUGCAUCCGCAACUUCCUUCACAAGCACAACUUACAACUUGCCAACAACGACCGCUGUCCCUAAAUCAUUUUUCGACGACGGAUCAACGCCACCACUCACCUGGAGUCUCCUUGUCGCCAACAUGAGGGCUUCAAUAGAUCGGUACCGUGAGGCAAUCACCAAUAACGAACGUUCUAAUUACGUCGCAAGAGCAGAAGACAUAUCGGACCAUCUGAGGCUUCUCUUAGCUGCAGGCUCAGGCACCACUGACAAUCAUUCUGGCCAGCCAUCCAUCAUAUCCACCAACAAAGCCCUUUAUCCUCAUUUCAGGGAUAUGAUGUCUAAAUUUUCCAAGCUCGUUAUCUCUUCUCACAUUGCCGCCGCCGAUUGGCCCAACGCAGAGUCUAUACAAAAAUGUUUGCAGGAAGCCGAGGGCGUCCUCCUAGGCGUGUAUAGUUACGUUGAGGUUGCAAAACAACAACGAGGCGAGGAAAUACCACGUCUAUUCCCUGGCUUCGUCAUUGGCAGUAGUGCCGGAGGUAGUUGGCAGAACAACGGACUUGGGCCUCAGGAUCCCAUUACCGCCAACUUCCUAGAAGACGACGACGGUUUUACCGAACCAACGGCUAUAUUGGACAGCAAACUUCUCGAAAGACUGGAUGAGCAGAAGCGGAUGCUGGUCUCUAGCAUUCGUGAACUGGACAAGAACCUCGUUAUCCCCGAGAAAAUAGUGAGCGCCACGCGUCAUGAAUUCAUUGGAAAUAGUGUUUGCUUCUGCGGUGGCAAAGUAGUGGAGGCUUUCAAACCUUGGAUCGCUAUUAUUGAAACUAUAGACCUUUCAUCCCUGGGCAAUAGUUUCCAGACCCCUCAGCUGGCUGACUUUAGCACCAAUAAACAAAGUCUAUACGAUAAUAUCGCAGAUCUUGUUCUCAGCUGCCAAGCGGUCGCCGGACCCUUGGCUGACGAGUGGUCCGAGAUCAAGGGGGAAUCUUUAGAGAAAAGACUGGAAUAUGUUCGGCAGUGUGCUCGGGCCCUGGAAACCAACUCGUCUCAUGUUGGCUUCUCUUUGCAGUUACUCUCGGAGCAGGUACAGAAUGAUAUGCAAAACAAGCAUGAUCCUCGGCCAUGGGAAGAUCAUCCUCGCGCCCACUUACAAAGAGGCGACACGAUGCCACCCGAGCGAUCUCACCAACGGUCAAACUCGCGCUCGGCGGGCCCACGACCUCCCCUCAUAACAGCUCAGUCCUUUACAGAGGGUGACGCCCCUCCAGGUAACUGGAGGAAAGGAGACUAUUCCAAGGUCGCGAAAAUUCUUGGUGAAGAUCCAUCCCCACAGGCCGGCAUGCCUUCAGCUGAAGAGAUUCCGGAUUUCCUACGCUUGGAUUACGAACAUGAGGUUUCAUGGGAAACCAAAACAUCUUCUGCCACAGUUAAAGGAGGUUCCCUGCUUGGUCUUGUGGAGCAGCUCACUCGUCACGACAAGCUGGACUCGAGCUUCAACAACACUUUCCUUCUGACGUACCGCUCUUUCACCACUGCUCGCGAGCUAUUUGAAUUGUUAGUGAAACGUUUUGGAAUCCAGCCUCCGCCUGGCUUAAGCCAGUCUGACUUCGAUUUGUGGAGAGAUCGAAAACAAAAACUGAUUCGCUUUCGUGUUGUAAAUAUUCUUAAGAGUUGGUUUGACAAUUUCUGGAUGGAGGAGUUCAACGAGGAGUCGAAACAGCUUAUCCGAGACGUAAGCAGUUUCGCCAGCGACACUGUGAAGUCAACCGAAACCCCAGGAUCUGCACCACUCAUUGCGGUUCUUACUCAACGACUCAGCGGCAAGGAGCCAAUCCAACGGAAGGGUAUGAUCCAGACGUUGAAUCAGAACACGCCGACACCUAUCAUACCCAAAAAUAUGAAAAAACUCAAGUUCCUCGACAUUGAUGUAACUGAGUUUGCUCGUCAGUUAACCAUCAUUGAAUCUAGGCUGUAUGGCAAGAUCAAGCCAGCAGAAUGCCUCAACAAAACGUGGCAGAAGAAGGUUCCAGAGGGUGAACCUGACCUUGCCCCUAACGUCAAGGCACUCAUUUUACACUCAAAUCAAAUGACGAAUUGGGUUGCAGAAAUGAUAUUGGCUCAAAUGGACGCCCGAAAGCGUGUGGUUGUGAUCAAGCAUUUUGUCUCUGUUGCUGAUAAAUGUCGGGGUAUGAACAACUUCUCAACCCUCACAUCAAUUAUCUCUGCACUGGGUACAGCGCCAAUUUCACGCCUCAAAAGAACUUGGGAUCAAGUUCCCCAGCGUACACAGGCUAUCUUGGAAAACAUGCGCAGAGUGAUGGGUAGUACGAAGAAUUUUGGAGAGUACAGAGAACAACUCCACAAUGCUAAUCCUCCAUGCGUGCCCUUCUUCGGUGUCUACUUGACGGAUCUUACCUUUAUUGAGGACGGUAUUCCUUCAAUCAUCAAAAAGACGAACCUAAUCAACUUUGCCAAGCGAGCCAAGACCGCAGAAGUGAUUCGCGACAUCCAACAAUACCAGAACGUAGGAUACUCACUCCAGCCGGUUCCAGAACUACAGGACUAUAUUUUGAGCAACAUGCAAGCUGCUGGAGACGUGCAUGAGAUGUACGAUAAGAGUUUGCAAGUGGAACCACGUGAACGAGAGGAUGAGAAGAUUGUCAGGGUCUUGGCUGAAUCAGGGUUCCUGUAA